AUAAAAUGGCGUCUCAGAGCAAGCUUCCAAUCGCCACGUAUCGAGAAGCCCUGGUUUCUAGCGUGAGAGAGAACCAGACACUAGUGGUCACUGGUGAAACUGGCUGCGGUAAAACCACUCAACUCCCUCAGUUUUUGCACGAGGCUGGCCUAGGAGAAGGAGGAAUGAUAGGGAUAACACAACCACGACGAAUGGCUGCCAUUUCGGUGGCUCACCGGGUCUCCGAAGAGAUGGGUAAGAGCCUAGGUGGCACAGUAGGGUAUCAAGUGAGAUUUGACGACUGUACCUCGCCCGAUACUAAAAUCAAGUACAUGACAGAUGGUUGUCUAUUACGAGAGUUACUUGAUGACCACACCCUCUCCUCUUACAGUAUUAUUAUAUUGGAUGAGGCACACGAGAGAAGUUUAGCAACUGACGUACUCUUCGGACUCACUAAAAGACUACUGCCACACCCACUGGGCGAUGGGUCACUCAAACAAAGGGACCGCCCACUCAAAUUAAUUGUAAUGUCGGCGACACUUGAUGUCAAGAGAUUCUCGGAGUUUUUUGAUAAUUGUCCUAUUUUUACGAUACCAGGUCGGGUCUACCCGGUAUCAAUCCACUACUCUUUCACAGACGAGACUUUUGACCCGAUGAAGACCAGUUACCUCUCUCGUGUAGAACAGGUAGUGAUGGACACUCACAUGGAGAAAGGCCCAGGGGAUAUACUGGUAUUCCUUACUGGACAACAAGAAAUAGAAUCGAUGUGUGACAAGUUAUUCAAAUCAGCUGAGAGAAUAGAUUAUGAACAUGACGUCCUAUGCAAAGACGUCCUUGGCCUCGCUAUAUUACCUUUAUAUGGGUCACUACCUACUGAGCAACAGCAGAGGAUCUUUAAACAGAGCGAGAGAGGAAUAAGAAGAAUUAUAGUAUCCACUAAUAUCGCUGCUACUUCAGUGACUGUAGAUGGUGUGGUUUAUGUUAUCGACUCGGGUUAUGUCAAACAAUUAUCAUUUAAUCCUCGUACUGGACUAGACGUGUUGGCAGUAGUUCCUAUAUCAAAGAGUGAGGCAGAGCAGAGAGCUGGUCGGGCUGGUCGUACAGCACCUGGUGAGUGUCAUAGGCUGUAUAGUCAAUCAUUUUAUAACUCGUUGAAUCAGAAUACAAUACCGGAGAUACAGAGGGCCAGUCUGAGCAGUGUGAUACUUGAUUUCAAGUGUAUGGGGAUCAGUAAUGUCAUUGAGUUUGAGUAUCUCGAUCCACCGGAAGAGAGAAUGAUUGCCGAAGCUCUUAAACAACUCUACUACUUUGAUGCAAUCAAUGAUAAAGGCCAAGUAACACCUUUAGGAAGACAGAUAGUCCAGUUUCCUCUACAACCGAAUCUCUCCAGAGUUCUCCUUAAAUCAAAAUCCCUAGAAUGUGAAGAAGCAGUCCUACCAAUUGUAGCAAUGCUUUCAGUUGAAAAUGUAUUCAUUCGUCCAAGCUCAAAGAAGCAAGCCCUGGAGUCUAUGGAAGCACAUAAAGAGCUUCAAGAGGCUGGUGGGGGCACUAGCGAUUUUGCUACUUUACUGGCAAUUUAUAAACUAGCAAUGGAGAGUGGGAACCAGAAGAGGUGGUGCAGGGACAACUACGUCCACUGGCGGAGCCUCAAGACAGCUCAAAGCAUAGUCGGACAACUAAAGAAUAUACUAAACAAGCAGGAGGUUUUGGGGGAUAGUACUGAAGAGAUUAGAGCUGCUCCAUUAGGAGAGAGAGUACGUCAGUCAUUAUGUUUCGGAUUAUUCAGCAACGCAGCUAGACUAGCUCCAAACCGACGCUCGUUUAGAACUAUGGACGGGCAUAGCACUGUUGCUUUUAUACAUCCUUCAUCGGUUUUAUUUGGAUGUGAGGAUUCACUGGAUUGGAUCGUUUAUCACGAGAUAGUAGACACUGCCAAGACUUACCUGAGGACUGUCUGCCCUGUGAGAUAUGGAUGGGUUAAAGACUUACUGCCUCGAUUACAUGAAGUUGAUGCUUAUAGACUCAGUGAUUGUGAGAGGAAGAGGAGUCUAGGGGGAGAGGAGGAAGAGAAAGAGGAGGAAGGACCUGUUAGCAAGAAGCAGUCGCUAGAGAAGGAAGAGAAGGAAAGAGAGAAUGCAUUGAGAUUACAAGAAAAAGCUAAAGCUGCCAGAGAAAGAUAUCUAUCAAGAAAGAAAACUUAGCAUUUGCAAACUUCAUUCAUAAUAACCAAUAAUGCUUUUAAUU